CAACACGUAAGGGAGGUGGGCACUAUUUAAACACUGGGUCAUUUAUCUGAGCCGGAGAAGCAGCACACCCUUGGAGCUGGGACUCUUGUUGACGCUUGUUACUUUCAGACCAAAGAUGGCGUGGCUACUCCUUGGUGUGGUGUUGUUAAUUCACGGGGCUGUGCAGUGUGAAGAAGCCUUCGAUAAACAUCUGGAUCCAGAAGUUAACAUGAACAUUAGUCAGAUUAUUUCCUACUGGGGGUAUCCGGCUGAGGAACAUGAAGUAGUCACUAAGGAUGGCUAUAUCCUGAGCGUUAACAGAAUCCCAUAUGGAAUAAAAAACAAGGGAUCCAAAGAGCUGAGGCCUGUGGCAUUUCUCCAGCAUGGUCUUCUGGCAGAUGGGAGCAACUGGAUCACCAACCUGCCCACCUCCAGCCUGGCUUUCAUUCUGGCCGACGCCGGCUAUGAUGUGUGGCUUGGCAACAGCCGGGGAAACACCUGGUCCAGGAAACAUGUGACGCUGAGCCCCGACGAGGAUGCAUACUGGGCUUUCAGCUUUGAUGAAAUGGCUAAGAAGGACCUCCCUGCAGUGAUAAACUUCAUUACCAAGAGUACAGGGCAGGAGCAGAUCUAUUAUGUGGGGCACUCCCAAGGCACUACCAUAGCUUUUAUAGCCUUCUCUACCAUGCCAGAGCUGGCAAGCAAGAUCAAGAUGUUUUUUGCCCUGGCUCCUGUGGCUACAAUUUCCUUUUCUACAAGCCCCAUGAAAAAACUGUCCACUGUUCAAGAGUUCCUGGUCUGGGAGCUUUUUGGAAGGAAGGACUUUUUCCCCCAGAGUGCCUUGAUAAAGUGGUUUGCUACUGAAAUCUGUAGUCAUGAGCCACUAGAUGUCCUGUGUGGGAACGUUUUCUUUGUCCUGUGUGGUUUUGACAAGAACAAUCUAAACAUGUCUCGUACCCCAGUGUACAUAACACACUGUCCUGCUGGUACGUCUGUACAGAACAUACUUCACUGGAGACAGGUGGCCAAUUCUAAGAAACUUCGUGCUUUUGACUAUGGCUGUACCGGAAACAUGGCACAUUAUAAUCAGUUGACUCCCCCGCUGUACUAUGUAAGGGACAUGAAGGUCCCGACAGCCCUGUGGUCUGGUGGGCAUGACACGCUGGCAGACCCCAAAGAUGUGACUGUGCUCCUCACCCAGAUCCCCAACCUGGUCUACCAUGAGGACAUCCCUCAAUGGAAUCACCUGGACUUCAUCUGGGGCAUGGACGCGCCAGAGCGCAUGUACAACCAAAUUGUUAAACUCAUGAAUCAGCAUGCUUAGAGGCCUCUGGGAGCAGAAACUAGGCCUUUUUGAAAUGUUUCAUGGGGUACAUUUUUAUCAGUCAAAUGUUUCCAAAUACGUUGAGCCAAAUCUAACAAAAAGGAGAGAUCUUUCUGAUGUUCAAAUUGAGGUGAAAUUGAAGGGUAAAAAAAUGUGGUUGCAUAAAACUGUUGAGAAAAGGCUUUUGCCGAUGACUUUCUAUGCAGUGAUGUAAUUUUGUUAAUUAUUACAGAAUCAACAUACAUUUAAUAAUAUAAUGCGGAUCAGUAACAUUUAAAAUAUUAAGAAAAGUUUGCCUUAUGCUUAAACUACUUUUUUAAAGACAUCCAUACCAUACCUGUUCAAGCAGAGAUAAAUGGAAAAUAUAUUUUUAACUAAUUUCAGACAAGGUACAGAUUUAUCUCAUCAUAUUUUUUUAAUAGAAUAAAAUAAUAGUAAUGGUAUAACACCAUCAAGAAACAAAGUAGUUGAAGGUAGGCGCAUUAAACUUUUGUUUUCAGUAGUUUCUUGCUAGCUUUUAAUCCAGUGAAAUUAUGUUCAUUUUCUAAAAUGUGUAUUACACCAUGCACUUGUUACUGCAAAUUUUCUAUUUUUUAAUUUUAAAAAGAGUAAUGCAGUCUUAUCUAUGUUAGUUUAAGCUAUGCAAAAUUUCCGUUUUACCAGGCUGCAAUUUGCGCUAUUUUUUGUGAGUGGAAAAUAGUAAUGUCACAGAACUAGUAUAAAAACAACUUCAGUAGAUUUCUGAGACACUUACCUUUCUAAACUGUCUUGUUAGAACUAUAACAUUGCUUUAUACUUCCUCCUAGGCCGUCCUACACUUGGUCUUCCAUAUGCCCCCUUAUAUAGACUAGAAGAUAUAUAUGUAUGGUAUAAACCACAACCAUGAUAUAUACUGGGCCUGCGCGUUAGAGGACUGAGUCUUAGACUUUUAACUUUUUGGGAGAGAGAGCUAAUAAAAAAGUGGAUUUCAUAAACAUGCCAGGUGUCAGUGUUUGGUAUUUGAGUUGAGUUAGAAUUGCCAAAAUGAAUUGAUUAAGAAUCUUUAACUAGCCAUUCAAAAAGACAUGAUUUUAAUUAAUGCAGGAACAACAAAAGAUAAUGAAGCUUGAGUAAUGAAGAUCGCCUGGUUGUUGUGGCAUGAUUGAAGGCGACCUGUCUGUGAGAGAUGUUACCCAGAGAAUAAAUUAGGGGUUUUAGGGCCGUGGUGAGUGGUUGCUGGAGGUUGGGAGUCAAAAUGGAGGCCAGUUUCCAAACAAUUGAACACAAAUGCAGUUGAUAUCACAUGGUAUAAAGGAAGGAAAUGUUUGUGUGGGGUUAUUGGGUGGGUUUAGAUUUAGGUUUACAGAGAAUAUGUGUGUUAGCCUGGGGCUCUUUCACCUCUUUUGUGUGGGUGAGCCAAGAAAGUCUGAGAGUCCAUAUUUAUAUUUUAGCACAGAUUGCACACUUUUAUUAUCUACAGAUAUUUUUUCCCCACUGGAACAAAAUCAGAACAAACAAACAAAAUCCUGGCUCCCUUGGAGCACUAACUAACACAUUUUCUUUGUAAAUCUAAACCAGGGAAGGAUAACUCCUUUUACCCUGUAAAAUCAAACCCUAUAUCUUAAAGAAUACAUUUCUUUGCUUAAGUUUCUCUUUCUCCAGGAACCACACCAGACCUCCUUUACCCAACAACCCCAAACAUGUGGUAUCAUCUUAAUCAGCUGCACCUGUGUUGAAUCAUUUGGAAACUGGCCUCCAUUUUGACUCCCAACCUCCCAUGUGGGUCCCAAAAUGACUGUCAGCAACCACUCACCAAGGUCCUAAAACCCCAUAGGGGCACCUGAGAGGAAGUGACAUCCAACACACCAGCAAAUGCCAACCAUAAGAAAAAUAGUUUUCCAAAGCUGUACAAUUGCUUUCUUCCAGUAAGCCCAUGUAUUUUUGGGAAAGACUUUUUGAUUAGUUUUUUUAAAUGUAUUUAUUUAUCCAUCCCCAUGAGGUCACAUGAAAAGGUUAAUAAAAUAUAGAAAAUUGCAUACUUACGCAUUGUUACUAGAAGACAAACUGCUCAUCAAAUUAAUAAAUCUUCUUUUAAAAACACUCCAAAACAGCAGCCUCUGUACUUCCCAAUGAUUCUAUUAAAUGUAGUGGUGUUUGUUUGCUGUGUGUAAAAUUAAUCUGUAAUUUGAAAGCUUGACUUAAUUUUUUUCAAAUUACAGGUUCAAUUCAAUUCAAAGUUCAGGUUGUGUACAAUACAUGCUGUAUGUUUUUAAUUGAACUACUGUAUGCUGUUGUAAUUGGACAAACCUUAAUUCUGAUGUACAAUACUGGACUUGAAUAAAAACCCUUGAAUUAA